CUCCCGCCCCUGACUUCCUCUUGGUUACCGCAGCGGCGGUCCGGCCGCGUUUGGUGUCCGGCCGCAUCUCAGGACGAGCGGGCAUGACGGGCCCUCCGAGCCCCGGAGAGGCGGGGGAGAAGAAACCGAGCCUCUGGGGGCGCCUCCGCGCCAGCCGCCUAGCCUCGUGGUGGAAGAGCCUCCUGCAUGACUAUGCUGAAGCCUGCCAAGAGGUCGCCCGAGGCAUCCGGCAGCGGCCGGGGAAAGCCGGGCUCUACCUCUCGCUGCUGGCUGGAGCGGCGGGCUGCAGCCUCCGCAACCCCGGCGAAGCCUCCUUCGACUCCAGCCUCCUGGAAGCCUCGGGGACCCUCCUCCUCCUCUCGCCCUGGACGCGUAGCAGUAGCUCGGAAAAGUACAUCCAGCGGUUGAUGGUGCUCCGAAACCGGGGCCAGCUGCGCUUCCAGAGCCUCGUGUUUUUCUCCCUCCUCUACGAGGCGCCUUAUGAUGCCGGAACAGACCUCUAUCAAGCGCACUGCAAGUAUCUGAAACCACGGUGGACGGACUUUCCCAGCCAGGUCCUCGAUAUGGGCUUCUGGGGGCGCUGGUGGGUGUUGCACUCCAAAAUGCAGGAUUCAGACAUUAACCAUGAAGAGUUUCAGUACCUGCCAGAGCAUCUCAGGACCAUUUCUUUUAAUGACUUGCACUCAGAAACCAACGAGAAACUUUUUGAUGAGAAGUACAAAGCUGUGAUUCUGACAGAGGAGCAAAUCCAACAAGCUGACAGGGAAGAUCAAGGGAAACUGCACUCUUAAAGUAAUUGAGUGACUGCAAUAUAUCAAUAGAAAACAAAAUAAAACAGACACUUCAUUAAUGUGGCUUUCUGUUUUCUUCUAGGGCUCAAAUGUUCACUGUGCUAUAUCCUUGGUAGGCUUAGCAAGAUGGGAGAAUAAAUGCUAUCUAAAACUGA